AUCAUCAUAUACAGUUCCUCUUAUUGAAAGCUAAGAAUAUUGGAGUUUUAGCUGAACCCAGAAUCUAUCUUUGCCUUCGUGGGGCUACCAUUAUCGAAAGAGCUAAAUCAACAACUCAUAUCUCCAGAUCUCUCAUUUUCUUAGCUCUUCACGUUUCACAGGCUAAAUAAGAAGAUUAAUGCAUUUGUGGAGUUGAAUUGGUGAAGUCUAGAUAGAAUAGAUGGAUGUGGAUGAAGGGAUUACCUCAACCUCUUUUUCGAUAGAUGCUCGAUCAACUCCACCUCUGUCAAGACGACGUGAAGCUAUUUAUCAGUUUACACAGCAGAGUCUUCCAGCUUGUAAACCUGUCCUCACCCCAGCAUGGGUUAUUGCUACAUUUUUUGUGAUCAGUGUUGUUUUUAUUCCUACCGGAUUCAUUACUCUUCGAGCCUCUCGUAGUGUUGUUGAAAUUGUGGACCGAUAUGAUGCUGAUUGUGUGCCUGAGGAAUUUAAAAUUAACAAGGUGGCCUAUAUAAAAGAUAACUCAAUACCGAAGAACUGUACUCGACUUAUAAAGAUUAACAAGCAUAUGAAAGCUCCAAUCUAUAUUUACUACCAACUUGAUAACUACUAUCAAAACCACCGACGGUAUGUCAAAAGUAGAAGUGAUCGGCAACUCUUACAAGGACUCGGGUACAAUGACACAAGUUCCUGUCAGCCUGAAGAGUUCAAUAAUGGCCUUCCAGUUGUUCCUUGUGGUCUAAUAGCUUGGAGUUUGUUCAAUGAUACAUAUACAUUUGUUCGUGGAGGAUCAAAAGUAAAGGUUAACAGGAAUAACAUUGCAUGGAAGAGUGACAGAGAUCACAAAUUUGGGAAGCAUGUAUACCCCUACAAUUUUCAGAAUGGGACCUUGAUUGGUGGUGGAAGUUUAAAGCCAACUGUCCCUCUAAGUGAUCAAGAAGAUCUUAUAGUAUGGAUGCGUACUGCUGCGCUCCCCAGCUUCAGAAAGUUGUAUGGUAAAAUUGAAAUGGAUUUGGAAGCAGAUGAUGUUGUGACAGUGACACUAAUGAAUAAUUACAACACAUACAGUUUUGGGGGUAAAAAAAAGCUCGUCCUUUCGACAUCAAACUGGUUAGGAGGAAGAAAUGAUUUCCUCGGAGCAUCGUACAUUUUCGUUGGUUCAUCUUGCAUAUUCAUUGCUCUUAUCUUCCUGUUGCUACACAUGAAAAGUUCAACUUCAAGGUCUUUUACAUGGGAAAUUUAACAGUUGCAUGGAAACAAGAAAUUAAGGGCGUUAUUGGCAAGAUCGAAAAUUCAAGGACCAAAUUGUCACUUGAAUACACCAGCGACCAUUGGUGGCCGGCCGGUUUCAAAAACUCGAAUCCCUCCUUGUAUGGAGACGGGAUAGAAUCCAUCAAACUUUGUCUAUUGAGAAAUGAAAAACUAUAACCAUUGUUAAUUAGGUAUUCAGGGAUUCAAACAUCCAAUUUUGGUAGCAAACCACACAAUGACAAUUUGAGCUACCUAUUGGAUAGAUAUCUCAUUCUGUGUAUAAGUUUAUUUAAACAUUUAUCAAAAUUUCCUACUUAAAAUA